AUGGCGCAUGUGGUGAGCGCCUCGCUAGGCGCGUUGGGUCCCUUGCUGGUGAAGCUUACCGGCCUGCUUGCCGACGAGUAUGGCCGCCUCAAAAGCGUUCGGCGUCAGAUCAUGCCACUUAGAUAUGAGCUAGCCAGUAUGGAAGCUGCGGUCAGGAAGUAUUCUAUGCUAGAAGAUCCAGAUAUCCAGGUCAAGCAAUGGAUCUCCAUGGUGAGAGAGUUGGCAUACGAUAUAGAGGAUUGCAUAGAUAUUUUCAUUUACCGGAUCGGCAAUGGUGGACGUCAGAGCGGCUUCAAGGACUUCUUCUGCAAUACCACUCGCCAACUAAAGGCCCUUGGAGCACGACGUGGAAUCGCCGACCAAAUCGAUGAACUCAAGGCUCGGAUCAGGCAUGUGAAAGAGCUCAAGAACAGUUACAAUCUGGAUGCUACUACUUGUAGCAUGUCUAGCCAUAUAGCCGUUGAUCCACGACUAUGUGCUAUUUUUGCCGAGGAGACAAAUCUUGUGGGCAUUGAUGGUCCAAGAGAUGAUCUUGCCAAAUGGAUAGUGGACGAGAAAGUCAUACAUAGUAGGGUGUUGUCUAUUGUUGGGUUUGGUGGAUUAGGGAAGACAACAUUAGCCAAUGAGGUUUAUCGCAAGGUUCAAGGGCAUUUUGAUUGCCGGGCUUUUGUAUCAAUCUCACAGAAGCCAAACAUAAGAAAAAUUAUCAACGAUCUAAUCUACAAAUUGCCUCACCCAGACGGGUUCACAAAUAAUAGCGACAUUUGGGAUGAAAUUACAUCUAUUGCAAAGCUUAGAGAGCUACUACAAGAUAAGAGAAUUUUUGGCUCUGAGAACUGUUGCCCAAACACGUUGAAGGAAGUUUCAGAUAAAAUCCUCAAAAAAUGUGGAGGCUUACCAUUGGCAAUUAUAACUAUCUCUAGUUUACUAGCAAACAAACCAGUUGUCAAGGUAGAGUGGGAGAAGGUUAAUAAGUCAAUCGGUUCUACUUUGGAAAAUAACAAGAGCCAAGAGGGAAUGAAUAGCAUAUUAUGCCUUAGUUAUAAUGAUCUUUCACCUAAUCUCAAGACAUGUUUGUUGUAUUUAAGUGUUUUCCCCGAGGAUUAUACUAUUGAUAGGGACAAGCUAGUGAGGCGAUGGAUAGCAGAAGGCUUUAUCUCUGAAGAGUGUGGACAAUGUCAGCAAGAGGUCGCUGAGAACUACUUCUAUGAGCUCAUCAAUAAAAGCUUGGUUCAACCAGUGUACAUUGGUUAUGAUGGCAAAGCUAGUACCUGCCGAGUCCAUGACAUGAUGCUUGAUAUUAUCAUUUCAAAAUCGGUUGAAGAUAAUUUCAUUAUUGUUGUUGAUGGAGAAGGAGGACAAACGUGCUUGCCAAAUCAUCAUGGUUUUAUUCGAAGACUAUCCAUCCAACACAUUGGCAGGGAGCUUUCUUAUGCAUUGGCAUGUAAAGAUCUACGCCAUGUUCGAUCUCUAACUGCAACGUCGUCAGAUUGCAUCAAACACUUGCCUAGCCUUGUUGAAUUUGAAGCUUUGCGUGUACUAGAUUUUGAGGAUUGUGAGGGUUUGGACGAGUACGAUAUGCACAAUAUGGACAAAUUGUUCAACCUAAAAUACCUCAGCUAUAGGUGCACGGGCAUAUCAAAGCUACCAUCAGGGAUUGUAAUGUUAGGUGAGCUAGAGACCCUAGAUCUUAGGGAUACAUGUGUGCAAGAGUUGCCAUCUGGAAUAGUUCAGCUCAUUAAACUACAACACCUACUUGUUGCAGUGGGAACUAAGAUACCAAAUGGAAUUGGAGUAAUGAGGAACUUGAGAGUCAUUUUGGGCUUUAAUAUUACCCGUAGCCCAGUAGCUGCAGUGGAGGAUCUCGGGGACCUAACAAGGUUGUCUGAACUUGACAUAUAUUUAGAUGGUGGAGGACCCGAGGAGUACAAAAGACUUGAACAAAUGUUACUUUCCUCACUAUGCAAGCUUAGCGACGGUAAACUCAUGUCUUUACGGAUAACUAGGUAUGGUGGUUCCCUUGAAUUCUUGGAUUCUUGGUCUCCAUUGCCGUUUUCCCUUCAAAUAUUUUAUAUGUCCAGCGAUUGCUAUUUCGUGAAUGUUCCAAAAUGGAUUGCACCAACACUCAACAGCCUUACUUACCUGGACAUUAAUUUAACCGAAUUAACGGAGAAGGGUCUACUCGCUGUUGGGGAGCUCCCAACCUUACUUUGCCUAGAACUGUGGUUGAAGACAGGACCAAAAGAUAGGCUAAUUAUAGUCGAAGACAUGGGAUUCCCAAGUCUGAGGGAGUUCAGCAUCAGCGGGGAAGCCGAGGCAUACGUAACGUUCAUGAAAGGCGCUAUGCCCAGGCUUGAGAAGCUUGGUAUUCCAUGCCUUGUGUCAGUGGCAACUACCUAUGACUUCUACAUAGGCAUUGAGCAUCUCACUUGUCUGAAACAAGUAAUAGUGGUGCUUGGCACAGAUGGUUGCGCACCUUCCGAGAGCAAGGCUGCAGCUGCUGCGAUCAGGAACGAAGCAGUAGUCAACCUCAACCAUCCUACAAUUACUAUUUUUGGGGAACCAAGAGACUCAAAGUGA